AUGUCAACUCGCCAAUACGAUCUUGUUGUUUUUGGUGCCACAGGUUACACGGGCAAGCUCACAGCCGAACAUAUCACAACAAACCUGCCCACAGAUCUGAAAUGGGCUAUCGCAGGACGAUCCGCCAGUAAGCUCGAGGCUGUGGCCGCAGAAUGUAAGACCUUAAACCCCGAUAGGGUACAACCAGCCAUCGAGACCUGCAAUCUCAACGAGGCCGAGCUGGGUGCUUUGGCAAGGAAGACCAAGGUCCUCAUUACAGCCGUCGGUCCAUAUGGUACAUACGGCGAGCAUGCCUUCAAAGCCUGUGCCGAGAAUGGCACCCACUAUCUCGACAUCACCGGUGAAGUUCCGUUCGUCAGAGACAUGAUCAAGAAGUACGAGUCCACUGCAAAGAAGAAUGGGUGUAUCAUGAUCCCACAGAUUGGAAUCGACAGUGCUCCCCCUGAUUUGGUCACGUGGACGCUCGUUGACAUGAUCCGAAAGAAGUUCUCUGCGCCAACGGGAGAAGUCGUGGUGUCUGUUUAUGACAUCAACUCGGCACCAUCAGGUGGAACCUUGAACUCGGUCUUCUCCAUACUGGAUACAUACUCUCUCAAAGAAGUCGCUGCAGCCCACGCCCCUGGCGGGAUCUCUCCGAUCCCCGUCCCAAAGGGCCCUGGAAAGCCGCUUCUCACCAAGCUCCUCGGCUUCCGCUCCGUCUCUGAUCUUGGAAUCCUCACCGAUCAUUUUGGUGCCGUCGCCGACACGCCGAUUGUCUACCGCAGCUGGGCUUUGCUGGGAGGCGCCGCCAACUAUGGUCCCAACUUCCAGUUCUCGGAAAAAUUGAAGGCCCGAAACUACCUGACGGCCAUCGCCAUCCAUUUCAGUCUCGUGAUUGGAACUCUUCUGCUUGCAAUCCCAUUCCUCAGAACACUAGCUCGGAAGUUCGUGUACCAGCCAGGUGAGGGACCAUCGAAAGAACAGUACAAGAAUGACCGGGUGGAAUACCGUGGCAUUGCGAUUCCCGAUACCGAGACUCCGACUCCAAUCAGGGCCUAUUGCAGGGCAAAGUAUGAAGGCUCUUUGUAUGCCUUUACCGGUGUCUCAGUCGCGGAAGCUGCGAUCUCCAUUUUGAAGGAUGGACAUGAUCUUCCUGGGGGCAUCUACACGCCUGCAUGUCUGGGUCAGAAGUUCAUCGACCGGCUGGAGGGAGCUGGAUUCGAAUUUGAGCGAAAGUUCUAUGAUAAUUAG